AGUGACAACAACUGUUGGAACAAUUAUUUUCAAAUCAUUAGUUCGCUAACCGAAUUGUAUUAUAGUAUUUAUAAUUUAUGCUUUAUUUUAUUAUGAUAUCAAUAUCAAUAGCAUCAAUAUAAAUAAUUACUGUGUUCUUGUAAUAAAGUGGUUCAUUUAAAAGAGUUUACAAUGUUACGAAAAUGGAAAAUAUUACUUGCAAACUGGAUUAACUGCUACUUUGAUAACAGGAUUCAAAAAGAUUUAACAGUAACUGUGGAUUCUCUUCUGAAUAUAAUUUCUCAUUUACGAGAAAAUUUUAGUUUAGAUGAAUCAAAAUCUUCACUUCUGGAUGCAGUUACGAUUGAGGACUUUGUACUUGAAAAAUAUCCAGCUUUUAGAUUUGAAAAUGGAAAAGUUGAACCUCGUACCGAGGAAGAAAUAUACUUGGCUGCAACAUUGCUUCUAUAUUUUGUUUGUGUUAAUUCUAAAGAUGUGAACAUGAAGAGUGCUAUGUGUAAUAAGUUGUGUGCAGCUGAUCAGGAAACUAUAUUGAAAUUCAGCAAAUGUUUAAUGCAAUGUCCUGUAAUCACAUCGUCUGAUGUUUUGGCAGCUAUUACAGAGGCCUGCGGGCAGGAUGUAGCUGCUGCUGAAAUGAACCACAAUAAAGUGGCAGAAACUCCUCCAGCCCUUCGUUCGUUACAUGGUGAAGUAAGACGGUUACAGGCUGCACUUGACGCUGAGCGUUUUGAUCGGACCUACCUUCAAGAUGAACUUACUAGGACUAAUUUAAAAAUGGAGAAACUUUUAAAAGACAAGGAGCAGUACAAGCAAGAUAUUAAUAACUUAAAGGCUAAGAUAUCCUCCUGCUGUGGACAAGAGAAUGAAACAAAAGGCGAAGAGACUUCAAGCAACAAUUCAGCCAAGUUACUUAAGCAGUUGGAGCAAACUGAACAGAGGUUGGUGAAUGUUCAGGAGCAGUUGGAGGAUGUGCAAUAUGAGAGAGACACAUAUAAAAAUAAGUUGGAUGAACUGAAGCGCGAGCGAGAUAAAUGGUUUACUAUAAGUCAGCAAGAGUCUAAUCGCGCUUCGCAACUGGUCGAGGAAUUGGAGACAGAGCGUAGUCAAGUACAUUCAUUACGUGAGCUGGUCACGGAACUGAGACAGCACAACCGUCUUAAUGGCUUUGAUUCCAGUCAGCUGGAAUGUGAUGAUGUAGAUACAAGUGUACAGUCUUUGCCACAUAAUUCUUCUAUAUGCAGUGAGGUUUGCGCAAAUGUUAUUGAGGUCCAGCUUAGUGAGGAACGCGCAAAAAUAGUGCUUCUCAAACAACAGAUAGAAACAUUACAGGAUCAAUUAAACGAUUUGACAAAGAAAUCUGAAGAAGAAAGUCAAAAAUUUGCGCAAAUUAUGAGCGAAAAAGACACUGAUAUCUUUAAUUUAAAACAUCGUAUUAAUGAGGAAAUAGAAGAAAGGAAUGCAUUAAAAUCCCAUUAUGAAAACGAAUUCACAAAGUUAAAUAAUGAAGUCAACGAAUUGGAACAGAGGUUAAGAGACACGGGAGAAAAUUCGAGGAGAAUAAUCGAUUCGAAAAUGAAAGAGAUACAAAUAUUACAGGAGGAGAAAAUGUCACUUCUCCAAAGUUUAUCUGAUGAAAUAUCAAAAUUCGAUAACAUCAUUAAAGAUCUUAAAACAGAAAUAGAUACAGAAAAGACAUCUAAGUUUAAAAUGAGGGAUGAAUACGAAAAACAAAUGAUGAAGUUAAAGGAAAAGGUGUCAAAUAGAAAUAAUGAAUUGGUAGAGUUGCAGAAUAAGAUUUUCGAAAAGGGUGAAAUGAUUGAGGGGAUGCAAGGUGACCUAAGGAAAGAAAAAGAAAUUUCUAACAAGUAUCUCAAUGAUGUCCAAAAUUUGAAUACUCAAAUCCAAGAAAUUGAAAAUAGUUUAAAGGAAAGGAAUGACGAAGCCUCAGAUCUAAAGGAGCAAUUGCAACAAUAUAUCAUGUUCAAUGAAACUUUGAAUAAGGAUAUAAAUCAUGUUAGGUCUUGCCUAUUAAAAUCGAAUAGAGAAAGCAAACAUUUAGAAGAAUGCAAUGAAAAACUAAAUAUCGAAUUGAAAAAUCGUGAAAUUAAAAUCGAACAGAUAGAGAAAGAAAUCGACUACCAAGGGGUUAUAUUUGAUGAAGAAAAGAAAAAAUUACAAUACAGUCUAGAUGAAAUCAAUGCAACAGUUGAUGCCUUAAAAAGUCAAUUGCAAAAUGAAAUUGAAUAUAAAAUAAGCAUUGAAGAUGAAAGGCAGAAUUUAUCAGACAAUAUAAAUAAAUUAGAAAAAGAUUUAACAAAAAUAAAAUCAGAGAAUAUAAAACUUGACAAGGAUUUAAUUGAAGAAAAAGAAUUGAAUGAAAAGCAAAAAGAAGAAUGUGAAAAAUUGAAUAUAGCUAUUAAACAACUGAAUGAACAGGUAUCUGAAAAAGAGUCUGCUUUAAAUCUAACUAAAGAACUCUUGGCAAAACAAAAAGAUGAGUUUGAUAAAGAGUUUUGCAAAAAAGAAGAAAUGAUUGAUUCCACAAACAGUACUUUAUCUACUGCUGUAGCAGAAAGAGAUAAUUUAAAACAUGAAUUAGAUACCAUAAUUACUGAAAAACAGUAUUUAUUAAAAGAGAUUCAUGACAAGGAAAUUAAUAUUGUGACAUUACAAACUAAAUUUGACCAGUUAUCUAAUUUAGCUGAUGAAAAUAAAAGUAUUAUAAAAGGACUCGAAGAAGAUAUAAUUGAAAAAAAUCAAGCAUAUGAUGCUCUGCAAAAGAACUUUGACACUGAAACUACUAAACUUAUGACAAAAUUAAAUGAAAUGGAAGUAGCUAUGAAAGAUUUGAGAUCAAAAUCUAAAAAUUGUAUAGAGAAUAAUGAGUUACAAAUUGAAUUACUUAAAUUAGACAUAGAGAAAUUACAAGCAUUGCUACAAAGUGAACAUGAAAAGACAUUGGUCAUGGAAAGUGAGAAAACGAUUUUAAUUCAGCAGCUGGAUCAAAUAAAUGCUUUUAAAAAUGAAAUUGAAAAUGAAUAUUUGAAUAAAUGUGCUACAUUAAAUAAUACAAGUGCCCAAUUAACUGAAGAUAUACUGAAGAAAAAUGAGGAGAUAAAUAAACUUAAGCUUGAAGUUGAUAUUUUAUCUAAAAAUAUUGCAGAUAAAACUGGAGAAAUAGACACUCUAACAUGUAAAACUAAUCAAUUAUUAGAAGACAUCAAUGAGAAAAAUAUACAAAUUGAGGAGUUAAGUUCAAAAGUUCAAACAUUAGAAUGUUUGAUUGAUGAAUCUAAAGAUGAAUUAAAAAAUGUUAUUAAUAAUAACUUGCAAGUAGUUGAGGCUUUAGAAAAAGAAAAUAAUCAAUUACAGUAUACAAUAGAGGAAGAUAAUAGCACUUAUGAAAUAAUGGUUAAAGAAAAAGAUCUGAUUAUAGAGAACCUUGAAAGGGAAGUACAAAAUAAGCUAGAAAGUCUAGAACAGCUUAUGAAGGAGCAUGAAAACGAAAAACUAGUGAUAGAAAAGUUUAAAAGCAAUAUGCAGGAGCAUAUUAAUACGAAGAACACUCAAAUUAAGGAAUUGACUGAUAAAAUAUAUGAAUCGGAAGCUAGCUUGCAAGAAAAGGAAUUAUUGUUGAAAACUUUGAAUUCAAAAAUUAAUGUUUUAACAGAUGAAAAAGAUAAAUUAAAUGUAGAAAUUAAUUUACUAAGAAAAACAUGUUCUGAAAGUGCUAACACAUGUGAUCUUUUAAAGGAAAAUCUCACAAUGGAAAAAGCGGUGAGAGAUUCUCUUGAAAAUGAAAAGCAAAGUUUAAUUGAAGAAAAUGAAGAGUUAUUAAAAAAAGUAGCAAGUGUUGAAUCUGAAUUCAAAAAUGUUGUAUCUGAAAAAGAAAGUUUAUUAAAUGAAAAAGCAAUUUUAGUGCAACAAAUUAUGGAGGAAAGAUCUGUUCUGAAAAUAGCAGAUGAAGGAAAGGAAGCGAUGCUAGCGGAGAAAAGAAAAAUUGACAAACAGCUGGAAGAAUUAAAAGAAGAAAAUAAUAUGUUGGCACAAGCGAAAGAUUGCCUCACGCAACAGCUUGUGGAAGAAAGACAUUCUAAGGAAUUGGCAGAACAGGAAAAAAAUAAUAUUGGCGAAAUAAAAGCUGCUUUAGAAACAAAAUUGAAUGACGAAACAAGAAUUAUAUUAGAUUUAGAAGAAAAAAAUCAAAUCUUAACAAGAGAUAUUAAUAUUUAUAGCAACAAAUAUGAAAACGAAAAAUGUUUAGGUAUAAGUUUGAAAGAUGAUAUUAAUAAGCUAAAACAAGAUAUAGAAAACAUGUCUCAUGAGUAUGAAAGUCUGGUCUCUAAUUUGAAAGAAUCAGAAAGAGAGUUGCUAGAUCAGAAAAAUACUGUAGAACUUUUAACGAAAAACAAAGCAACACUUGAACAAGAAAAGGAAUCAUUAAAGAAAAUGUGUGAUGAGUUAAGAGAUCAAAUGCAAAAAAGUAAUGAAAUCCUUAGUGCAAAAAUUAACAACAAGCAAGAAGAAAUAGAUGAACUGAAAAUUGAUUUAAAUUCAAUGAAAUCUGACUACAAAACUCUAGAAGAAAAUAAUAAGCAAAUUAACACUGUCCUAAAUUGUGGGUUUAUCAAGAUAUUAGAUACUAUUAAAAAGGAUGGAAUAUGCUUAGAUGUUUUACAAAAGUUAGAACAUUUUGAACAAAAACAAAAUAUUCAAGCUGAUGCGUGUUGUGAUGUUCUUCUAAGUAUCAUUAGGGAUUUAUCCUCGGAGAUAGCAAUGAAGAAAGACAUUGAAAAUAUGUUGAAGGAAAAAGAUACAGUUGUUAAAAAUGUAUCAGAAUUGCUUGAGAACAAGGAGAAGCGGAUUGCAGAGUUGGAGGAUGAGAUUAAGAAUCUUCAAAAAGAGAUAGGCGAAUCUAAAAAAGAGUUCUCUAAACAAAAUGACUCAUAUAACACCUUAAUAGAGUCAAAAGUAAGCGAAAUUGCGCAGUUACAGUCUGAAAACCAAUCGCUUAAUAUUGAGCUAAAUGAUCUUAAAGUUCAGUUAGAUGCCAAAGUUCAUUCUCUGAAAGACAAACUUGUUGAUAACGAGAAUUUGACGGACAAACUGAAGGAAACGUAUGAGAAUCAGAUCGAUAAUUUGAAUAUGAUGAUAUCGAAGCUAACCAAUUAUUUAAAAGAGAAAACAACAGAAUUAGAAGUAAUGAGGGUUGAAAAGGAAAGAUUACAAAAUACGAUAGAAGACAAAAAUAAAGCUCUGAAAUCCUUAGAAGAUGAUUUUACAAUUCAAAAACAAAAUCAGGAUAAACUCAUAACGGAAUUUGAAUCUGAAAGACUUGUGCUUAAAAAUAUGAUAACAGUUACUGAAUCUGUCAUGGAAGACCAGAAAAAUAGUCUUAAUAAUGUCAUAUCUGAACAUGUUAAAUCAAAUGAAGCUUUAGAAAGGGAACUAACUACAGUGAAAGCUGUAAUUGACUCUGAAAGAAGUAAAUUUGAAAGAGAACUAAGAGAAAAUGAAAUUAAAGCGAAGACAGCAUUUGAUACAGUGUUUAAAGAUUUAAGUGAUGUGCGCAAGGAAAAAGAAAUUAUAGAAAAUGAUUUUAAAUUACAAAUUAACCAACUUAAUGACAAAAUUAUAUCAUUAGAGCAAGGUGUUCUAGAAAAGACUUGUAAAAUUGAUACCUUGAACGAUGAAAAUAAACAUUUGAUUGAGAAGUUGGAGAAACAUAAAGAAGAUAUUGUUUUGUUAGAAGAAAAAAGCAAUGAGUGGAAAAUUAAAAAAGACAGCAUUGAAGUUGAAUUCGAAAGUAAAUUAAAACGAUUAGACGACGAUUUGGGAAAGCAAUGUAAACAUGCAAACGAUUUAGAAGUUUUACUUGAAAUCAAAUCAAAAGAAAACAAUGAAAUGGACAUGAAAAUGCAUGACCUCGAAGAACGAAUAAAGAAAAUAAUGGAAGAAAAAGAAGUUAUAGAAUCAGAUAGAAGUAAAUGUGUGAAUGAAAUUACUGAAUUAAAGGCAGAUUUAGAAAAACAUAUUACUGAACAAAAUGAAGUUUGUACAGAAUUGAAGAACGAAAAUGUACAACUCCUUGAAGUAAUCAAAGAGAAAAAUUUAGAAAUUUUGAAAUUAGAAGAGUUUUUACAUUCACAAAUGACACAGCAAAAUGAGGACAAUAUCAAAGAAAAAAUAAAUCUCGCAAACAAAUGUUCUAUUUUAGAGGAAUAUCAAGGUAAAGCAGAAACUGAACUUGAAAAUCGUCAAAAAGAGAUAAAUAUUCUUCAAGAAGAAAUUAAAACAUUGACAUCUAAAGUCUCCGAGGAAGUGACUCAGAGAGACAGAAUCUUAACUGAAAUUAAAGAAGAAAAGGAUGCUUUGAUAAAUAAUUUAAAUGAACAAUUGAAACAAUUACAAGAUUCCGUUGAUGAUUUGAAAACCCAAGUAAAAAUACGAGAAACGGACAUUAAAAUUAUUACGAACAAGUUGAAUGAAAGGAACCAGCAAGAGGGAAUAAUUAAGACAUUAAGGAAAGAAAAUGAAGAACUAUGUAAAGCGAUGGGGCAAAUUGAGACUUUUGCUGUUGUAAGUCAAGAUAAAUCAUGUCCCAAAUGUUCUGGACAAGCUGACACAAAUCACCGCGACCUUCACCUACAGGUAGAUAACACUUCUUCAGACAUACAUUCGUCCAUAGAAAGCUACAAAACCAUAUCUGACUUAGAAAAAAUCAUUCAUGACAAAAACCGGACCAUUACAACCCUUCAAAGUGAUAUAACCUAUUUAAAAUCAUUGAUAGCUGAGUCUGAAAACAAACUUCUAGACGUUUCCAAGGACUUGGAAAUGAGCAAAGAAAACUGCCAGCAACUAUCGAAUCAACUAAAAAAAAUUGUUCACCAAAAGAACGAAGAAAUAGCUGAACUCAAAAAGCAAGUGACCAAAAUGAGCGUCACUGAAAACAGAGCUAGUCAAAUUAUAAAAGUCUCCGCCAAGUACCAAGCUAUAAUAUUAAAGAGAAUAGCAGAAAUCAAGUCGAACACAGUACUGAAGGAGUUGACGAACUUCGGAAAUUCAAAUUCCGAUAAUGACAUCAGAAGGAGCUUAAACGCAGGCACGAUCACAAUGGAAGACUUGGAGAACUUCUUGGAAACUACCGAGAGGCACAUACGGCGUUGUUCGGAGAAACAGGUCACAUUGCAAAAAGAAAGAGAUAGGUUGAGCGACGUUAAUAGGAUUAACGAAUCAGAAAUAAUAAACAUGAGGAAGUUCCUAACGGAAUUGUCCGUCAGCAUUAAGACGUUUAAUUCUGUGAGGGAAUUGUACACUCAAAAACUGAGCAGAGUUAUAUCUCUACAGCGGACAGUCAGACGAGAGAUAUUGAGUCUCGACGGCCAUAUAACGGACUCCAUGAUGUGUAAAUUGGAAAGAGGAUAUGCUGCGGUGAUGCAGGAUUUAUCCGAAUGUGCGUUGAAUCUGGAGAGAUGGAUCGAGCGUUGCAUUUCGAGGACAAUAUCCGCGGAAAAGAUUAAACAGGCGUUUACAAGUGACGUCGACCGAGUGUCCCUGGCGUCUGGCAGCUUCCAGAAUACGAGUUUGGAAGUCCAAUUGGACGAGUUACAAAAUUCAUUCCAGAAGCUUUUAGAAGAAGUAGCCCGAGCGCAGAAAGGAGAGGGUGCUAAAGAUCCUCAAUCCGUAACGGUGAUGGAGGUCCGAGCGGAAUACGAGGACAAACUCAACAGGAUGAAGGCGAAAAUGAAACAACUCUGUCACGAGCAGAUAGCAUUGUUUAAGGAGAAACAUAGAGAGGAAGUAGAGUCUCUUGAAUUGGAACUGCAGAAAGCCCACCACAAGUUGCGUGAGUCGAGUAGGGCGUAUGAGGAACACAUCAAAAGUCUGACAACGGACCUUUGGAAUGUCGGAGAAAAGUUCCUAGUCAAGAAGGACGAAGCUGAUUGGUUAAGAAAGAAGCAAAAUUAUGGGUCCCUGAUGUCGUUACAACACGUGCACUCGUCCGGUCUCGCCCCUCAGCCGGAGGAGCCAUCUCGUCCCUCCGACACGCACUCGCUACGAUCCUUGCCCGUUUCUAAGAAUAACCCUAAAGCGGAGGCGCGUGCGCUGCAGAUGUCGGACGAGGAGGGCGAGGUGUUCGACAACCGCUGCCUGCGCGAGCUGCGCACGCCGCACGAGCCGCGCCGCCUGUCCGAGCUGCGCUGGCGGAACUCGCUGUGCCCGCCGCACCUCAAGAGCUCCUACCCCGCCGAGACGCAGUUCGCGCCCGCCGUGCACGAGGACGACAUCAAGUGUACGGGAAAUAUGUCGCUGGGAGGAAAACAAAGGAAAGAAGUGGGCAUUACGGUGUACAAGAAACCCGGACCACCGACGCCCAGCAAACAAGCGGGCAGACUCUCGGCAACUGACUCCGAACUACGCCAGUCGCUUCGAGUGGAAGUAGAUCCUUCAGCUUCCCGCAAGACGAGCACGCCAUCACGAAUUCGAUCGCUAUUUCGUUCUUCUAAAAAUGAUACAACAGAAGGUACACCUCGCAGCCGAAGAUUAAGUAACAUUUUUAGAAAAAAAUGAAUGCAAUUCAUCCUGUUUUGUUUUAUGAUAUUUUCGAUUAAUACAUUUUAUUAAUUUAUUAUUUUGA